AUGUCACUUGCUAAAAUGGCUCAAGCAGCGUUGCAUCUUUACCGCCAAUCGUUUCCUCUUUGCUCCUUCCAAAGAAUCGGUAACGUGUGUGGUGUGCAGUCGCUUCUCUGUGUUGCCGUUGUACGUAAUUUUGCCUCUAAAAUGGGUCUCCCAAGAGUUUAUUUUGAUAUGAGUGCCGAUAACCAGCCUGUAGGAAGAAUUGUGAUGGAGCUUCGAAAUGAUGUAGUACCAAAAACUGCCGAAAAUUUCCGCGCCUUAUGUACGGGCGAGAAGGGCUUCGGUUACAAAGGCAGCACUUUUCAUCGUGUCAUUCCCAACUUUAUGUGCCAGGGAGGAGAUUUCACCAACCACAAUGGUACUGGAGGGAAAUCAAUCUAUGGUAACAAGUUUGAAGAUGAAAAUUUCCAGCUGAAACACACUGGACCAGGCAUUCUGUCCAUGGCGAAUGCUGGACCAAACACUAAUGGAAGUCAGUUCUUUGUUACCACUGCGAAAACAAGCUGGCUGGACAACCGACAUGUUGUUUUUGGAUCUGUUGUAGAGGGAAUGGAUGUUGUGAAGAAGCUGGAAAGUUUGGGUUCCCAGAGUGGCAAGACAAGCAAGAAGAUCACUGUUGUGGAUUGUGGCCAACUUUAAACUAUACUAAAACAAACAUUUUCUUUCCCAUUUCACAUGCUGCAUAAAUAUAACUUUCCAAUUUAAAAUAUGCUGAUUUGCAACUGGUAAAAUGAUAAAAUUAGAUAUGACUGCAGUAAUUUUGGCACAUUGUGAUUAAGCAGUGUUUAUCAGACCAUCAUUCCACAGCCUAGUUAACAUGUUUUGGUAGUGGUUGCCAAAUAACUACCUAGUUGUAAAGUAAAACUGCAACAAGAUGCAAAUCUCAGUCAAUAGAACUUGACCUAGCUAAUGCAUUGUAUGUAGUUCUCGUGGUUAUGAAGAGUCCCUAGUGUUUCAGCUAUCAGUAACGAUCUUAAUGUGAUAAAAUUUUUAUAUUAUUUGCUGUUUAAUUUUCAUCAACUUGUAGUUAGUUGUAUUUCAAGUUCUAUCAUGAAUCUAAGCUCAGCCAAUUGGUAUGUAUGCAUGUACUAAUAAUGAAAAAGUGAUUUUCAGUUUUAUCUUGCAUUCCUGAUAUGUGGGCUUGGUAAUGAGUGGAAGUUUAAUUUUUCUAUCGAGUUCUGUUGUGUUCUGAAUUUCAUUAAACUUUUUCAAGGUCACUUGAACGAAUAAAGACAUGUAAGGAUCAUAA